AUGCACCAUAUAUGUUGUAUACCAGUUUGUCCUUCUCUUUUAUCCGAUGUUGAUGUUUAUUCAUCUCAUGAAAAUAUUUAUCGAAGUCCAAAUUUUAUGUUUCAACAAAAGUUAAGUUCGUAUAUGAAGCAAUUUAAUCGAUAUUUUACUUUUUCUCAUGAUGAAAAAAGUAAUGAGAAAAAUUUUCAUGAUGAUUUAUUCGAAAUAAUUUCUUUACCGGAUAAUGACGAUCAUUCACACGGGAAAUUCUUUGGCCAAGUAUCACAACUAAAACAGAAUUCCACAAUUGAUGCAGAUGGAACGUUGAUCACAAGAAGAAUAUUACCAGGAACUACAAAUAUUAAUAAUAAUUCUAAUAUCAAUGCUGAAAAUAAUGGAAACACAAUAUCCGGUGAACAGCAAGCCAAUAAUGCAUUCUAUAAUUGUAUUGAUAGUGCACCGGAUAUACCUGAUGGGAAAACAGUUCCAUUGGGUCUUGAUAUGGGUAUAUCGGGCGUUAAACGAUCAGCUGGCGUUCCAAGUGCAAUUGGAAGACAUAAUUUAAAUGACGAAGAACUUCGUACUCAUGUAUAUAAAAAAACUUUACAAGCAUUAAUUUAUCCGAUAUCACUAACAACUCCACAUGAUUUCGAAUUUUGUUCAUUUGCACAUCCAACUUAUUGUUAUGAAUGUGAAGGUUUACUAUGGGGUAUUGCAAGACAAGGCUUAAAAUGUCGAGAAUGCGGAGUUAAAUGCCAUGAAAAAUGCAGAGAUCUUCUAAAUGCUGAUUGUCUUCAACGUCGAGCUCAAAAAAAUGCUAAACAUGGCGCUGAUGAUAAAGCAAAAACUUUAAUGGAAGCCAUGCAGGAAAAAAUGACACUCAGGGAAAUUCUUUUCAGGGAUGUAUUUAACGUUGAUGAGAAAUCUCAUGCUGGUCAUAUGAAGGCUGUUAAACAAAGUGUACUGGAUGGUACAUCAAAGUGGUCAGCUAAAUUGGCAAUAACUGUGAUAAGUGCUCAAGGUUUAAUAGCAAAAGAUAAAACUGGGACAUCAGAUCCUUAUGUUACUGUUCAAGUUGGUAAAGUUAAAAAACGAACAAAAACUGUUUAUUCAGAAUUAAAUCCAACAUGGAAUGAAAAGUUUUUUUUUGAGUGUCAUAACUCAUCUGAUCGAAUUAAAGUUCGAGUAUGGGAUGAAGAUGAUGAUAUACGAGCUAAACUAAUGCAAAAAUUAACUCGUGAAUCCGAUGAUUUUCUUGGACAAACAAUAAUUGAAGUUCGAACAUUAUCAGGUGAAAUGGAUGUUUGGUAUAAUUUAGAAAAACGAACCGAUAAAUCAGCUGUUUCUGGUGCUAUUCGUCUUCAUAUUUCAGUUGAAAUUAAAGGAGAAGAAAAAGUAGCUCCAUAUCGUGCACAAUAUACUUGUUUACAUGAGAAUUUAUUUUAUACACUUUGUGAAAACAAUAAUGGCCAACCAAUUAUUCCUGAUGCUAAAGGAGAUGAUGCUUGGAAAAUUUAUUUUGAUGAACCUUCAAAAGAAAUUGUUUAUGAAUUUGCAGUACGUUAUGGUAUUGAAUCAAUUUAUCAAGCAAUGACGCAUUUUGCAUGUCUAUCAACAAAAUACACGUGUCCCGGUGUUCCUGCUGUGAUGAGUACUCUCUUAGCUAAUAUAAAUGCUUAUUAUGCACAUACAACAGCAACAACUGCUGUAUCAGCGGCUGAUCAGUUUGCUGCAUCGAAUUUUGGAAAAGAUAAAUUUAUUAAAUUACUUGAUCAAUUACACAAUUCAAUUCGUAUCGAUUUAUCGAUGUAUAGAAAUAACUUUCCAUCCUCGAGUGCAGAGCGAAUGCAAGACUUGAAGUCAACUGUUGAUCUUCUCACAUCGAUAACAUUCUUUCGUAUGAAGUAUGGAAGAAAGAUUCCUUUUCGAAUGUCCGUUAACAAUGACGUUCAAGAAUUAAGUUCUCCACCUCGUGCAUCAAGUGUAGUUAAAGAUUGCGUUAAAAAUUGUAUUCGUAAUACAUAUGAUUUCUUAUUUGCUAAUUGUGAUCAAGUUUAUAAACGAGAAUCAAAACAACAAACGAAUGCUAUUGAAAGUAAUGAUGAACAAAAUGAAGAUGAAGGAUUAACAACUAGUAUUAUCGUGCCAAGCGUCAAAAGUUUAAAAUUUUGGAAUCGUUUUAUGUAUUUAUUAACAUGUAUUAUAUCUGAAGAUCGAGAACGAUAUAGUUUAGUGUUGAAUCAAUUUCCAUCAGAAGUGAAUGUCGGUCAUAUUAGUGCAGAUACUCUAUGGAAAUUUCUAUCAGCUGAUCUUCGAGAUCAUUUAGAAGAACAUGCUCGAAUUCCAAGUGAAUGUCGUGAAAUAAAAAGUGCUGAUUAUAUGAAUCUUCAUUUUAUGGUGAAAAAAUUUUAUGAUACAUCAGUUAAAAUAAUUCCAGAAGCUAAAAAUAUUAUUCCAGAAUAUCCAAAAUGGUUCGAGCCAUUCGUUAUGCAAUGGCUGAAUGAAAACGAUGAUAUGUCCAUGGAAUAUCUUCAUAAUGCAAUUGAAAAAGAUCGACAAACAGGGUUUGAACAAACAUCUGAGCAUUGUUUAUUUUCCUCAUCAGUUGUUGAUGUAUUUACACAAUUGAAUCAAUGUCAUGGAAUAAUAAAAAGUCUUGAUCUUCAUGAUCCAGUUGUUAUUGCUGCAUAUAUGCAACGUUUUUCUGUAACUAUUUCAAAAGUUUUACUUGCUUAUGCAAAUGCAAUACGUCGAACAUUUGAACAUGUUGGUGGCGAAGAUCAUACUUGUUCAAUAUUAAUGAAUAAUAUUCAACAAUUAAGGUUGAAUUUAGAACAACUAUAUGAAUUAAUGGGGGGGACACUAUUGGACGACGAAACCAAAUGUAGACUUAAUGAAUUACAAAAACAAUUAAGUGAUGUACUAGAUGAAUUAAGUGCAAUGUUCGUUAAAAGUAUACAACCGACAAUAAGACAAACAAUCGAAGAAGUUUAUAAACAAUUACAACAAAUUAAAGGAAACCAAAUUGGAAUGGGAAAUAACAGUGGACAACAAAAAGGUGCUGAAGCUAUGAUUGUUACUAAAUCAUUAUUAGAUUAUCUUGAUCAAAGAUUGACAUUCUUUGCAAAUCAAUGUGAAAAGACAGUAUUGAAACGUCUCUUGAAGGAAUUAUGGAAAACAGUGAUUAGUGAUUUGGAAAAAGUUAUUGUUCUACCACCGUUUGCUGAUUCAAAAAAUCUUUUAACAAUUCCAGCAGCUAAAAUUGAAGAUGCUUAUAGACUUUUAUCUGGGGAAUUAGGUCGAGAUAGUGAUCGAAGUUUAACUCAGAAACAAUGUCAAAUAUUAGAUCGCGGUUUAGAAGAUUUAAAAGAAUUUUUUCAUGCAUCUGGGCAAGGUUUGAAAAAGAAUUAUUUAGAGAAAACAGCAGAAUUACAGUCACUUAAAUAUGCACUCUCGUUGUAUACACAAACGACUGAUUCAUUAAUUAAAACAUUUGUUAAAACCGAAAAAGAACAAGAUCGUCCAGCGUUCGAAGAAUCUUUUGGUGAAUUAUCGAUUCAAGUUGAUUUAUUUACACAUCCCGGUACUGGCGAACAUAAAGUUACUGUGAAAGUUGUGGCUGCCAAUGGUCUUAAAUGGCGUACCACUGGAAUGUUUCGUCCAUACAUUGAAAUAGCUAUAUGUGGUCCUCAUCUCAAUGAUAAAAAGAGAAAACAUACAACUAAAACGAAAAGUAACACAUGGAUACCGAAAUAUAAUGAAACAUUUCAUUUUUUAUUGGGUAAUGAGGAAGAACCUGAUUGCUAUGAAUUAAAUAUUGCAGUAAAAGAUUAUUCGUUUAUGCGUGAGGAUCGAAUUAUUGGAUUAAAUGUUAUCAAAUUAACGCAAGUUUGUGAACAAGGUUCAUGGUCAUCUUGGAUUCCACUUGGUCCUCGAAUUAAUUUUGAUGAUACUGGCUUAACUAUAUUAAGAAUAUUAUCGCAUAGAACAAAUGAUGAAUUAGCUAAAGAAUUCGUUGCAUUGAAAUCAGCAAGAAGACAUAAAGAAGAUGUGUGA